UUUUUCCCUAACAAUUAUUGCGGAAUGUGGUAACAAGCAAGUUAGAGCAGGAGAAAAUAAUAAACGUAAGGCGUGUCGGCGUCUAUUUUUUAAUAUUUUAUAAAUUAGUAAAAACAUAUAUUAAAUAAGCAAUUUUAUUAUAAUAUAUUUUGAUAAUACGAAUUUCAUACAUAAAAGAAAUGUUCCUUUUACUUUAAAAUGUCACAGCAACAAAAAAUUUUAAGCGUAGAAAAUGUUUUAUUGUUCAUAUUAUUUUAUGAUUCGAUAAAAUUUCAAUUUUAAGUCUGAUAUAUUUUUUCGUAUAUGUGUUUGGUGUUUUGUUACGAGUGGAAAAGGGUAUGUUCUUAUGGGGUAAUAGCAGGGCGGUUGCCUUUGCCGGGGAAUGGAGACGGAGAGCGUAAAAUCAGGGGCUAGCGAGCAUAGCCAUAGCCAUCAUAGUAGAACUUCUCAAAAACAUCAUCGUACUCACAGUUCUAAAUCUCAUCAUAGACAACAUUCACAUAGAAGUACUAGGACAAAUCGUAGUCAAAAAAAAGAAAGGCAUAAUUUAGAUUCCACAGAAAUGGCACCUUUUCAAACAACUGUUAAUGUAAGGGGAGAUAGUGUUGAUAAUUUAGGUCAAGAAGUUAUAGAAGUACAAAUUUUACCUCAAGAUGAAAAUUGGGGAGAAAAUACUACAGCUGUCACUGGAAAUACUUCUGAUAGAUCAGAAUCAACUGAAGAUGUGAGCCAUUGGCCAAAUGAGAAUGAUGGAUCGUUUAGUUCCUGUAAUCGAUUUAUGGGACCGGUUAUAGCAAUGAUGCUUGGAUUAAGUGCUUUUCUUAGUCCUAUAACUAUGGUUAUAUUGCCUAAAUUAGGAUUUUUUCCUGAUUCUACAACUGUUUUAACUAUGCAACAAAAGCUUCAAUUAUUAUCUUGUAAUGCUGAAUGUAAAGGCCAAUUACUAGGUUUAGCCUUUAAAUUGGUGCUAUUAGGUAUUGGGAGUUGGGCUAUAUUUUUUCGCUCAAAAAAUGCUACUAUGCCACGUAUAUUUUUAUUUAGAGCAGGAGUGUUACUCCUUACUACACUAUGCAUUUGUACUUAUUGGCUAUUUUAUGUUGUUCAGGUUACUGAGAGUGCUAAGACUGCUGCUAAUGGUGAAAUAACAGAAUAUAAAAAUUUAGUAAAUUAUGCAGGUACUCUUGCAGAUACUCUAUUAUUCAUACAUUAUAUUGCUGUUUUGUUAAUUGAAAUUCGUCAUCAACAACCUAUCUUUUAUCUUAAGGUUGUAAGAUCACCAGAUGGUGAAUCACGAUCUUAUGCAAUUGGACAAUUAUCAAUACAACGAGCAGCAGUAUGGGUAUUAGAAAGAUAUUAUACAGAAUUUCCUAUUUAUAAUCCAUAUUUAGAAAGAUUGCCAGUAUCAAAAUCUGGUAGAAAACAAUCGAGUUUCAAGUUUUAUGAAGUUGAUGGUGCAGUAACUGGUAGUGUUCAAUCACGAGGAGGUAGUGGUGAUAGAUCAGUUAUAACAACUCAAACUCGUCGUAGAGAUUCCAGUCAUAAUGAACGUUUUUAUGAAGAACAUGAUUAUGAACGUAGAGUACGCAAACGUAGAGCUAGAUUAAUCACUGCCGCUGAAGAAGCCUUUGCUCAUAUUAAACGUUUGCAUUCAGAAGUUGAAUCUACUCCAAAUCCUGGUCCUAUGGAUCCUAUGGAAGCUGCACAAGCUGUUUUUCCAUCUAUGGCAAGAGCUUUGCAGAAAUAUUUAAGAGUUACGCGACAACAACCGCGUCAUUCUGUUGAAUCUAUCUUAAAUCGACUUGCUCGAUGUUUAGCACAAGAUGCAGCGCCACGUGCAUUUUUGGAACCUUUUUUUGUAACCAGUCCUGUAUUUUCAAAUGAAAAAGAACGACAAAAACGAUCGCAUCAUUGGGCUUUAGUCUGCGAGGGAGAAUUGCCUUCGCGACCUCUUGCAAAUGGUUGCGAAUUUCAAUUACGACAAGGUGAAGUAGCUUUGUUAUGUACAGUAUAUCAUUUACCUCAUUUUCAUCUUACAGAACAGCUUGCACAUCCUAAAUCUAAUAAAUUUUUAUUAAGAUUAAAUUCUGAAACAUCAGUUUAGUAAUAUAAAAUCAGUAAUUUGUUUUAUAUUUUAUACAAAUUAUCUUAUAUUCGUUCGUUCAUUCAUUCGUUCGUUCGUUCGUUCGUUCGUUCAUUCAUCCAUCCAUUCUCUCUCCCUCCUCCGUGUGUGGAUCGCUUAUUCGUUCUCUCCUUCCUCUUUCCCCAAUACUAGUGAAAUGAAAACAAAAUUUAUUAAAAUUGAGUAACUUUUUACUGUAUAUAAUUAAAACAAAAUCACAAUAAUAACAUAUGUAAGUAUUGUGAAUUAAAUAUUAUAGCAUAAAAUUGAUAUUGAUUAAUUCAUACAAAAAUAAUAUGCUUGAAAAUAGUUUUUUUAAUAUAUAUAUUUUUAAGGAAUAAAAAUUUUGAAAAUAAUAAGAUAGUUUUUUAUAUAAAAUCACAAAAAGUGUUCAUCUUAAUAACAUUUACAUUUUUUUUUUAAUGCAGAUAAUUGCAAUAUAAAAGGACAAUAUAACUUCUAUUUAUAAUUAAUAGAAAAAAAAUUCAGAUGAUAUAGACAUAUGUUUUUUCAUUAUUUUACAUACUAUUAUUCAUGUAUUAAUAAUGUUAAAUAUAUUAUAUUUUCAAAUAGAUAUAUCUAAAGAAAUUAAAAUUUCUUAAUAAGUAUAAAUAAUCGAAAAAUGAAAAAUUGAAUUUUUUAUCUUUUUAAUGUUUCUUUUUUAAACUUUACAAAAUUAUUUUAUUAAUUAUUAUUUUGUUUAAAAUAUUGCAAUUAAUGUAUUAUUUAUUACACAUUUAAUAUUUAGAAAUUUUUAUUAUAUCAAAAUUUAUAUUUAUUUAAAUCCAUUAUAAUACUUUUUCUAAAAAAUAGAUAAAAGAAAUAUUAACAUUUCAAAUAAACUAUUAAUUAUUAAUGAAAAAAAAUAUAUACAUUCCUAUAAUAUAUAAUUUUCAUAAUACAAAGAAAAUUGAGUUUUUCAUAUAUUUUCAUAUAUAUUUUUUCAUAUAUAAAUUUACAAUUUAAAAUAUUUUAUAAAGUAAAAAUUUUGCAUAAUUUUAGAAUGUGAUUAUUUUUAUUUUAUAAUAAAAAGAUUAUUUUAAUAAAAUAUAAAAAAGGUUGCAAUUGUCAAUAAGUCAAAUUUCAAAAUAAAACAUUUUUAAGAUUUUAUAUUUUACAAAAGAUAUAUAAUUAAAUGAAAUUUUUAUAAUUUAUAUACUUGAUUUUAUAAUUUAAAAUUUCUGAUUUAUCAUAUGAAAGAUUAAAAAUGUUUUAUAUAACUAUUAAUAUAUUUGUCUUAUUUUAUUAUUUUAAUGUACUAGCAUUUUAAUAUGCGAUUAUUAAAUUUAAAAAAAUAUAAAAAUUUGUAAUUCACCAUAUCAUUAUAUUUUAUUCAUUUUCAUUAUUACAAUUUUACAUUAUUUAUACAUAAUUUCAUGUAUUCAAUGACACUAGAUAUAUUGAUUUUAUUCCAUUUUUUGUAUAAUUUAUCUUUUGUAUAAUUCAUUUUUUGUAUAAUUUUUAAAUUAAAUUAUUAUUUUGCAUUUCAUUUUGGAAGGCUGAUAAUGUUACAUUAUGUUUAAGACUGUGCUUGCUAUUAAGAAUCAUGUACAGUAAAUAUUAUGUGUAAUAUUCGCUAAAUAUUCGUUAAAAUAUGUAUAUAAAGUACAUCAUUGCAUAUCAAAUAUAUAGAUAUAUGUAAUGAGAUGAUUAGUAUAAUAAUGAAAUUUGUUAUACAAAAAAAUUUUAAUGUUAUAAUACUCAUUUUCUUUGCAUUCCUUUAAGAAUUAAAUUUAGAUAUUAAAAUAUAAGAUAAUUUAAUAAGUGUAAUAUAAGUUGAUAUAAAUGUAAAUUUAUAUAUAUCUAUAAAAAUAUUUAACAUAUCAUUAAAAAACAAAAAGAAAUACAUGUCUCUUGCCUUUAUUCAUAAGUUAUGUAUUAUUUAAUAUUGUAAUAGAUUUAUAAAAGUGUAAUAAGAAUAUUUGUAUCUAAAAAUAUAAAAAUUUUAAUUUUACAUUUUUUAAAGUAUAUGAGUAACUAUUUAAAAUUUUUUAUUUAUAUAUGAAUAUAAUAAAUGUAUUAAUUAAUGAACAAAAUAUACAUCCUAUACAUAAAUAUUAUUUUGUGCAUUGUAUGUGCACAUGCGUACACGUGUGUGAUACGUAUUAUUUUUUUUCUUUCAUUUCAUUUAGUAUAUAUAUGUUAAUUUCAUUUUUAUAGAUUGUUAUAUUUUGUAAAGAAAAAUAUAUGGAUAUAAUAAAACUUUGACUUAUAUACGAUAUAAAAUAUACUAUACGAUAUAAAAAAAUAAAGAUAUUAUUUGAUUAUUA